AUGGCAAACGAAGAAGCUGUAGGAGAUGAGGAAGCAUCACAUACGUCUAUGGAACAAGAUAUUCCAUUCAAACCAGCUGUCGACUUACCUGAUGGCCAAGAUCCCAAGCGCUGGUCCGUGCCACGAAAGGUCUAUGUGAACACCAUAUUUAUGCUCAUGGUGUUUGUCAACACCUACAUUUCAGGUAUAUAUUCGCCUGGCAUCAAGGCCAUGUUACAUGAUGUGCCAAUGAGCAGAGAAGUGGCAGACUUGGGUACAGGUAUGUACAUGUUUGGCAUAGCGGUGGGGUCAUUGUUAUGGGGUCCCAUGAGCCAAGUGGUGGGUCGUCGACCUGUAUUCCUGGUGUCGUUGGUCGGUAUGGUUUUUUUCAAUCUUGGUUUGUGCCUUACCAUGCACGUAUCUGGUUCGAUCAUCUGUCGUUUUUUUGGUGGUGCUGUCGGUGCCACCACGUUUUCUAAUGUCGCAGGGAGCAUUAUUGACAUGACAACAGAGCGUGAAAGAACCCCCUACAAUACCCUAUUUCGCUACUUUACUUUCAUUGGACCCCCUUGUGCUGCUCUUCUUGGAACAGUUGUUGUGCGUGACUCUACAUGGAAAUGGAAUUUACGCUCAGCGCCGAUCGCCUGUUUUGUGUGCCUUGUGCUAUAUACAUUCACUGUUCCAGAAACAUAUGCCCCAGUUCUCAUACAGCGCAAAAUUGAACGGGAUCGAGAGGUGUAUGAUGAAAAAAAGCAUCACCACUCAUGGAUCCAUCGAGAGCUACAUCAUAUCAGACACAAGAUACCCGACUUUGCAUUGUGGACUAUGGUCGUCUCCCAAAUAGCGGAAUCACUGCCUGUCCCAUGGAUCCUGCUUUUCGAAGAACCUUUAGUCAUUGUUGUGACAUUUUACACGUCUAUGUUGUAUGGUUUGCUGUAUGGCUCGCUGCUAUUCUUUCCGAUUAUUUGGGGCGACGUGCGCGGCUACACGAAUGUUCAAGUGGCGUACUGUUAUUUUGCUGUAAUCACGGGCUUUACCUUAUCUACCAUGAUGGUAGGCUUGUGGAUUCAAAAUUCAGAAUACAAGCGUGCGUAUGAUCGAAACCAACAUACGCCUGAGUUACGCAUUCGCUCGGGUAUAUUUUCCAUUUUUUUUGUCCCCAUCGGUCUGUUUAUUUUUGGGUGGACAGCGCCAUUUCUUCACGUUCAUUGGAGCGGACCAUGUAUUGGUGUCCUCCUUUACACGUUCGGCAUGUUGUCCGUUUUUAGUUCAUGGAUGACAUACUUAACGGAUACCUAUGUAAACAAUGCGGCUGCAGUGGUAUGCAUCAACUCGUUCGUUCGGUGCAGUAUCGCGGGUGCCUUUCCCCUGUUUACGAGACAAAUGGUGCAUGGAAUGACAUUUCAAGGUUCAAUGAGUUUGUUUGGUGGUAUUUCCAUCCCACUAACCGCUAUCGGAAUCUACAUCGCGUUUCACGGUCAUCGAAUCCGUGAGAAGAGCAAACACGCUGUAUAUGGAUAA